AUGGAAAAGUUGUGCCUCACUCUAUACUUCUCCGCUUGCAAGCUGCGGCAUUACAUGUCAUCCUUUACUACUUGCAUCAUCGCUCAGACUGAUCUGGUAAAAUAUAUGCUGUCGCGACCUAUCCUAAGGGGACGCAUCGGCAAAUGGGUGCUUGCUCUGUUGGAAUUUUCGCUACAAUACAUCCUUCAGAAAGCAAUGAAAGGACAAGCCAUAGCGGACUUUCUGGGGCAUCACCCCAUGUUAGACGUUCUUGCGGUAAGAGACUUAGAAGUUGCUACUGAAACUGUAACUCGCCCGGAUCGAGCAUGCUUACCUGAGUACGCUAUGUUAUAUCAAGCCACAGUUUCACUCCAACCCUGGGUGUUAUAUUUUGAUGGCUCGAGAAAGGAGACACUGGCCGGAGCCGGGGUCGUCUUGGAAAAUCCAGCUGGUGAUCGUUUCUCUUAUUCCUUCAUGUUAGAGUUCCGGUGCACCAACAACCAGGCAGAAUAUGAAGCCCUUAUUAUUAGCCUAGAGGUGUUACUCGAACUGGGAGUCAGAGACAUCCAGGUACGCGGUGAUUCUUUACUCGUGAUCAAUCAGCUUCAUGUGGAAUACAGAUGCUCCAACUACUUGCUUGCACCAUAUUUGGAUCGCGCCCUUGAACUUCUGGCCCAAUUUGAAGAUGUGGAUUUGGAGUAUAUUCCUCGCGAGCGCAACUUCGCGGCCAAUGAACUUGCCCAAUUGGCUACCGGCGUUACUUUGAAGUAUGGGGUUCGCGAGCGAAUUCUCAAGGUUGAGCGACACACGCUGCCUUCGUGGCUUGCACAACCUGACCCACCAGAUGAGCCCACAGUGGCGGCUCUUGAUCCUAUUGAUGUGGAUUGGCGUGUCCCUUUAAUCGCUUACCUCACGUAG